AUGGAGGUGAAGAAGAGUAAGAAGAAACCAGAAUUGAUUGAACAGUUAUUUGUUGGAAAUUACAUUGAUGUUUAUCAUCAAGGAAGCAAACAAUAUAAGUUGGCAUACAUUUUGUAAAAAAAUGAAAAAGAAAUAGAGAUCACAUAUGAUGGUUUAUCAAAGAAAGAGAAUGAGGUAUAAUUUAUAUGUUUAAAGUAUAUAGACAAUUAAAUUAUCGUAAAAUAAGAUCAAUUUUGCUAGAAAAUUUACAUAAAGUAAGUAAUUAUUUACAUAAAGACUAUACUGGAGAAGAUUUUAGAUAAAGUAAGACUUCACGAGAUUAUCUAAAAUAUUCAAGAGAGGAAUGUGAGAAAAAUACAAAGGAACUAAUAUAAAUAAUGUAAAAUAAUUUUUAAGGUUAUUCUCCAAUUGAAAUAUGUUAAUCUGUGCGUGUGAGACAAUUUAUUUGGUUAGAUAUGGUACUUUCUAAUGAAUUUUCAUCAAAAGAUUUGCCUAUAGUAUUGGAAUAUAUAAAAACUUACUACAUUUUCAUAAAGUGGUAUUUUGAACAAUUUCCAAAGUACUUUGCAGAUGUAAACAAAUAUUCUCACUAACUCAGUAUAUGAGAUUCCAAAACAAUUAAGAAUUGUACAUCCUAGAUGAACGUGUGUCAAUCGCAGCUUGUCUUUAAGAAGUAUGUGAAGCCUUUUGUAUGCUUUUUGGUUCCAUAUGGCGAGUUUUGAAACCAGAAAACUCUUUUUUUUAUGUAAGUUCAAUUUAUAUUAAUAAUAAGCUAAAUUAUGAGAAUUUAUAGUAAUAAUUAGAGAAAUUCUUUCCAAAUUAAAACACAUAAGGUUUUGCAAUAAAUCCAAAUAUUGAAGAUUGGAAACUUUUUACAGGUGCAACAGAUAUUAUAAAAUGUAUAAAGAAAACUUGGCCAUUUUAUUUGAGAAUAAUGUCUUUUUUUAGAUAAAUAGGAGGAUUAUAAGCUUGGGAAGGAUUAUUAAAAUAAUAAUAAGAAAAUACUGAUUAUAAUUACAUUCCUUUAAAGGCUAUGAAUAGAAUAGUAAUUACAUAGUAAUAUUUAUCAUCUUAUUUUUAAUUGGCAGAAUAAGCAACAAUGGCAAGGAAGACAUUGGAAUGGUUAUAAAAUAGAGUAAAUAAUUUAACUGUUUAAGAUAUUAAAGAUACUGAUAUAGAUUAGAUUAAAGAACUCACUUAAGAAUAUUAAUAUUAUUUUUAAAAGGGUUUUACAGAAGAUUAACUAAAUAAAUUGACUGAUGAAAUUUAAUUACAAUUGUCUUUAAAAUUUAUAAAAUCAGCUUUUUUAGAAAAGAGAGUUAAAGGGAUUAGUGAAAUAAAAGAUUUUACUGAGAAACUUAAAUUUGAAUAGUCAAAUAAUAAAUUUAGAAGUUCAAUUAUUAAAGAGGAUUUGAUAGGGUGGAUAAGUUAAAAUCGAAUUUUAGAUUAUACUCUUUUAGGAGAUUCUGUACAUCCAGAAUUAAUAAAGAGAUCAAGUGAUGUAGCAGUAUUUUUAUGUCGAAAUUAAUCAUUUCCAAUAGAUUAUAUAGAUAAAAUAUGGACAAAUAAUUAUGAUAAGCAUGAAACUACUUAACUGGCAUUGUAUGAAUUUUUUAAGACUGUUUCACCAUAUUUAAAUUUUUAAGGAAUUGAAAAAUUAUAUAAUCAUAUAUCUGGAAUUCCUUACUCAAAAUAUAAUGAUAAUGUUGUAAGUAUGAUAAGAACAUUUACAGAAUCAGCCUUAUAAUAGAAAUUUCAUGAAUAAUAAUUGUAAUUAAAACCAGAAAAGAGAUUUAUGACAUUUAAUUAAUUAUGGGAAUUAUUACAAGAUAGAGAGGAUGAUUAAAUAACUAAUAGUGUAAUUUAAGAACAAUGUUUCUCUGCAGCCAGACUCAUUAUUUCCUAAAUACCAUAAACUAAAUAAUUCAUCUCUUAUUAUUUUAGUAAAUGCUUUGAAUUAAUAGGCAGUCAUUAAUCUGUAUAUUAGGCAAUUAGUUUUGUUCAUUAUUUUCUUGAUAAAUAAUUCAAAGAGGAUUUUAAUGGUAAAAGAGAAUUAAUUUAAUCAACAGAUGAUAAAUAUAAUAUCAUUGAAUUAUUUGUUAAAGAUAUUGAAGUCUAUAUGGAAAAAGUUCGUUAAUAUUUUAAAAAUGAUAUCCCUUAAGAUAUUGUGAUUAAUGGAGUUUAAAAAUUUAGUUAAAAUGUUUUCUUUAGAUUACAAAUGCUUCAUUAUCUACUUAUAUAAACUCAUCUUAAAAUUACUUAUGAUUAAAGUGUAAGAUUAUGGGAUGCUUUAUCUGCUAAAACAAAAGGUGGAAUUCAAAAAAAAGAAUUGAACAAAAUUCUAAUUAGCAAUUAUUAAAUGGAUGCCUAUUAAUUUAGAAUAUGUCCAAUCUAUUUUGAUAAAGAAGGUGAAUCCAAAUUCUUUAAAUCAGUUUUAUGUAAUCCUGAUAGAAAUGAUUUCCAAAAGUACCUCUUUCUUUUCUAUUAUUAGCUAUACUAUCGAAGAUUUUGAAUUAUUCCAGGUUUUCUUUAAAUCAUGUAAUCAAUCUCGCCAAACACUUAAAUAUUUUAAUAACUCUUCCAGAUUCUUAGUUUAAGAUCACAAUUUCGAAGGUAAAUCUGCUAUUUGGUGUAUUUUUGCAAAGGUUCAAGAUUAACUACUCUUAGAAUCAAUCUCUUAUUUUAUUAUUAAUCUCUAUACUUAACUCAAUUAAACUCUUGAUUAAUAAUCAGAUAAAAUCUAUUAAGAAAUGAUGGAUAAAUGUUUAGAUUUAAUCCAAUAACAAUGUCCAAGCUUAACUACAAGAUCAAUCAAUCUUCUAUUAUAAUUAUUCAAUUAUUUUUAGAGUGGACCUACAUCUAAAAAAUCUGCUAAACCUAAUAAAUAUAUUUAAUUCAAAGUUUAAUUUUUAUAACCUAAUAAUUUCGUUAAAUAUCUUGAAUUCAAAGAAGGUGAUACUACUACUAUCAAUUAAUGGAAAUAAAAAUUAGCAGAAGAUCAAUAAGUUGCAUAUUUAUAAUUAGAUGUUACUAUUGACAAUCGUCCUAUUGAAUAAUAAUAUGAUCUUGUUGAAACAUUUAUUUCACAAGCCUUUUAUUAAUUGGCUACUGUGAGAAUUAAAAUUAAUAAUAAAAAUCAUCCUAAAAAUUAUCUUUCUUAAGAAUAACGUACAUUUGAAAUUUUAUUUAAAUUACUUGAUAAACAAGAAAGUAUUGAAUACCUAACUUAAGUUUGGGAUUUAAUCAAUAGAUUACCAAUUAAUAUUAUUAAGAAAAAGUAAGUUGAAUCUUGUAAAGAUUGGAAAUAGUAUUAAGACCAUCAAUUUUUUGAUAUGUUUUAUGUAUUAUAAAUCAUAUAAGUAUUAUUAGAAAACGAAUAAUGGUGUGAAUAAUUUAAUGAUUGUGAUGGUGUUGAUUUGGUUACAUCAAAAUUUUUAGGACAACAAUUAUAAUUUUAAUUACGUCCUCUUGAAAUUAAAUGUUGCUUAACUUAUUUAGAAAUAUUGAGUCAUACCAAAAUUAAAAUUAAAGAACCAUAAUUAGUUUAAUAAAUUAAGUUAAAAAUUUUAGAUAUUAUUCAACAAUUAUGCAUUUACAUUAAAACUAAAAAAAAAUUAGAAUCUGGAUAAAAGAAAUGUCCUUAAUAGAAAGAAAUGAAUGAAAUAGAAUCUCGUCUUCUUAGAAAAUGUUUUUUGUAUUUAGAUGAAGAUGGAUGUAAAUAAUACAUUAAUAAUUCUGAAUUAAAUUAAUAACUUUAUUCUUUCUUUGUUGAACAUGAAAAUUAAGAAUUAAAAAAAGAAUAUAGUUUAUAAUUAUUAAGUUUAAAAAAUACUAAUGAAAGCAAGCUUUUAAUAAGAAUAGUAUUAGAAUAGGUUCUUAAGGACGUAAUAUAAAAUAAAAAGUAAAAAUGUGAUCAUUACUUUGAAUUUUGUUGUAAUUUAUUAUUAUAAGAAUAAAAUUUGAAUAUAGAGAAUUUAAACUUUGAAGAACUAUUAAUAUAUAUUAGAUAGAAUUUAUAAUAGUUACCAUUUAAUGAAAAUACUGUUAAGGAUUAAGAUUAAGUUUUGAUAGGUUUAUUAAAAUUAUUGAAUGCAUUAAUAGAUAGAAUUCCAUAACUAUCAAAUCAUUAAGGAUUAUUUGAAUAAUUGCUUAGUUAUUUAUUUGAAAAUGAAGGAGAAACAAGAUGCAAAUGUAAAUCACAAUAAUCUAGAUCAGCUGGAUUUAAUUGUCUCUUUACAUUAAUAAAAUCUCCAUAGAAUAUGUAAAAGUUUUUAGAUAUAGUAUCUCCUAUGCAUUAUACACACACAUGGAGAACAAAGAAUUUCAAUGAUUGGAAUAUAUAGAGUAAAUUUCAUGAGAAAUCUUCAACAGGAUUUGUUGGUCUAUACAAUUUAGGAUGUAUUUGUUAUAUGAAUUCUUUGCUUCAAUAAUUAUAUAUGGUUCCUGCUUUUAGAGAAAAGUUAUUGUAAAUUGAAGAUAAGAGCACAUGUACAUUAGAAGAGAAUUUAUUAUAUUAAUUGAAAUGUUUAUUUUUAGCAUUAAAACAUUCUUAAAAACAGUAUCAUAAUCCUAAAAAGUUUUGUCAUGCAUUUAAAGAUUUAGAUGGAAAUCCAACUAAUAUUUUUGAAUAAAUGGAUGUUGAUGAAUUUUGUAAUUUAUUAAUGGACAGAAUAGAGUUAAAUAUAAAGUCAACAUCUGAUGAAGAUUUAGUAAAAAAAAACUUUGGAGGAGUUAUAUCUAGUGAAAUAAUAGGAAAGACUUGUCCUCAUUAUUCAGAAAGAGAAGAACCUUUCUUUGCAAUUUCAUUACCAGUGGCUAAUAAAAAGAAUUUAGAAGAAUGUCUAUAAACAUUAGUUCAAGGAGAUUUACUAGAGGGGGAAAAUGCUUAUAGUUGUGAAUAAUGCAAUAAAAAGGUUAGUGCUUUAAAGAGAACUUGUAUUAAAAAGUUGCCUGAUCAUCUUAUUUUAGUUUUGAAGAGAUUCAAUUUUGAUUUUGAUUCUAUGGCAAAAUUCAAAAUAAAUGAGAGAAUUGAAUUUCCAUUUGAAUUAGAUCUUUUGCCAUAUUCUUAGUAAGGAUUAAGAUAAUAGGAAAAUAGAGUAAAUCUUUAAAAUGGAUAAGAUAAUCCUUUAGAAUAUUAUUAAUAUAGAUUAACAGGUGUUGUAAUUCAUAUAGGUUCAGCUGAUUGUGGUCAUUAUUAUUCAUUUAUUUAAGAUCGAUCAGAUUUAAAUAAAUGGUAUGAGUUCAAUGAUAUUUUUGUAUCACCUGCAGAUAUUAAGGAUGUCAAAAAUGAUGGUUUUGGGGGUGUUGAUAGAAUUUUCAAAUCUAAAAAUCCUAAUUAAUUUAAAGAUAAAUAAAAAAGUGCCUAUAUGCUCUUUUAUGAGAGAAUCUAACCUUUAAAUAAUAAUUAAGAAUUGAUGGAUAUUGAAAAUGAUUUAAAUACUACAUAAUUUUUAGAUGAAAUAAAAGAUGAAAAUAGAAAGUUUUAAAUUUAAAGAUUUAUAUUCAGUCCUGAAUAUUUUAUCUUUAUUUAAAACUUAAUAAAAUUUUAAUUGCAAUCAAAUUAAAUUUCAGAAUAAAUAGUGAAAACUCUUGUUUUUUUUUAUUUGACAUGUGCAGUCAGAGAAAAUGACAAAACAUUUAUUUCUAAUAAUAUAUUAGAUAUUUAAGAACUAUUAAGAAGAUCUCUAAACACAUGUCAAUGGUUAUUAAAAUGUUUUAAUUAGUAUCAUUACAUAAGAGAAUUUUAGUUUGAUUGUUCAAAGAAAAUGGUGAGAAAGUUUGUUAUUUCUUUAAUUAUUACUGCUAUUGAAACUGUAUAAAAAUAAGAGGGAUAUAAAAUAUUAAAUGAAUAUGUAGAUGAUAGACCUAAGUCUUAAGUAGCUUCUUUAAUAAAUUCUUGGAUUCGAAUGAUUCCAGAUUUAAAGAAGAGUCUAAAAAAUUCAAUUGAAUAUUAUGAUCUAUUUUAUCGAUUUGCAAAAUUAAGCAAAUUCAAUGCAUAAUAUUUGAUAUCUAAAAAAAUAGUGGGUAAAUUCUUGGAUUUGUUUACAGAUGUAUUAUAAAUAAAUGUUAAUAAAUUGUAAACCACAAAUAUGGAAUCUGUAAGAAAAUUAGAUGAUCUUAAAAUAAUUUAAUAUAUAGAAGAUCAUAAUAGUUUCUUAGGAUAUCAAAAUAGUUAAACUGUUGAUAUUGCAUCUAAUUAUUAUGAUGAACUUCUUGAAAAGAAAUUUGAAAAGUCUAUGAAUUCUGGUCCAUCUACAAGUAGAGUUUAUAUGUGGAGAUUAAUAGCUUUCUUGCUCAAAACUGAAGGAAAGAAUGUUAUGAGUUAAGAAGAGUAAUAAUUAUUAUAAUUUGAUAAUUCUAUAUUAAUGGCAAUAUUAGAGGAAGGUGAGAGUAAAUUGGCAAUUAGGAUGAUAUCUGACAUUCUUUCAGUUCUAUCCUAAGAAAAUUAAAAAUAAACUGAUUAGGUUCUUACAGCAAUUAUUAAAUAAAUAGCUGAUAAAGAAUACAAAGAAUAUAGAAAAUAUUUGGUUGUUUUGAAAAGACUAUUCAAUUUAAAAGAUUCAUUAUAAUUAAUGAGAGUAUAAAUAUAUAUUAAUAUUAGAUUCAUUAAGGAAUGUCAAGACUAUUGGAAGUUAUGUAAAAGUAAAAUCAAUAUUUUUUUGAAACAGAUAUUUGUUAACAAUAUAUCUUGAGAGUAUUUAUAUACAAUUUAUAUUAAUUUUAGAUGGUCUUUAGAAACUAAUUAGUAUAUUAAUGGAUGAUUAAGAAUUAAAGAGUAUGGUCAUGGAUUAUUGAUACUAAUAACACAUAAUAAAAUCCAAAUGAAAAACUAAUAUCAAAUAAUACUAAUUCUUAAAAAUGUAAUCAUAGAUUACAUAAUAUAUAUUUACCAAUAACAUAAUAAGCAUAUAUUAAAUUAUUGAAUUGGAAAAAAUUACAAUUCUUAAAUUUGGCGAAGGAACCAUUUAAAUAAAAUGAAGAUUUUGAUACUGAUGAUGAUUUAACAGAUAAAACAAUCAAAGUAGAUGAUAAGAUAGAUUAUUAGUAAAUAUAUUAUUUUAUUUAAAGUGAUCAAAAUUAAUGGAUUACUGCUACUGUUAGUAAAAUAAUGGGAGAUUAUAUACAUCUUACAUUCAGUGGCAAAAUGGCACCUCAAAGUAUAGAUAUAGAAUAAGAUAAUGAAAAACUUGCUCCGUAUAAUACAUUAUCAUCAAAUAAUAAAAUACCAGGUAUUAAAUAAAUUUGAUUUUAUUAGGAUACAAUAAUAAUUCAUAAGAAAUGGCAAUAGAAAAUUAAUCUGAUCAUGAUAAUGACACUGAAGAGGGUAAUAAUAAUUCAAUUAAUUAAAAUGAUUCAGAUGAAGAAUGAAAUUAAUAAAAAUCAAUAAAUUAUUACAAUAAGCA